ACCGCUUGCCAUAUACUGCGGCUGUUUAGAAAAGCGUUCUGGAUGGUCCAUUCGCGAAGCGCUCAGACGAUGCCCCCAACAGCGCGUGGACUUCUGCUGCACCUUCACUGUUUACUACACACACAAAAGGUCUCUGACGCUUGGAAAAUGGUGCAAUUGGCAAAAGGCGGAGUGAUUUGGAACUCUUAAGUACCACGAAGAGACAGAAGCAAAUUCCACGCCAGUGUAGCAGCACAUCAAUCGCUCCACACGCCUGAAGAUGAAGAUGAUCUCAUGCUUGCGCCCGUUUACCUCCCUGUCUCGUUUAAAAACAAUCUCUUCAAAGAAAUUCGCUGCAUGAUUCAUCAGUCACACCAUAUCUCUUGAUAACUUUAUCGCUUUUCGACCAUUUCAUGAAUUAAACUGCAAUCCAAAAUGAAAUUUCCAACGGAAAACCCAAGGAAACCAGGGAACUGGAACCCUUCACCAGUGCCAGUGCAGACCAACCUGGUGCCGCCGAAGAAGGUCCAACCAGGGAUGUUGCAAUCCAGUUUGGUGCAGGCCAGUGUGGCCACCAUGCAGAACCCCAUGGGUUGUUCUUUACCUCGCCUUUCUGUCUCCCGGCCCGCUAGUAUGGUGGCCAGCAUCGAAGCAGUGGCAGACGGCUCAGCCCUCCUCACAGUUAUGAAGUGGAAGACUGUCCUAGCCGUGUUUGUGGUGGUGGUAGCGUACCUGGUCGCCGGCGGUCUGGUGUUCAGAGCCCUGGAGCAACCCUUUGAGAGCAACCAAAAAGACACAAUCACUUUGAAGAAAGCAGCCUUCCUGGAGAAACAUAGCUGCGUGACGCGAGAUGAGUUGGAAGAGCUCAUCAAGCACUCUGUAGAUGCAGUGAAUGCUGGUGUCAGUCCUAUCGGAGACACAUCAUACAACUCCAGUCACUGGGACUUGGGGAGCUCCUUUUUCUUCGCUGGAACUGUGAUAACCACAAUAGGUUACGGCAACAUCUCUCCAAGCACAGAGGGAGGAAAGAUUUUCUGCAUCCUUUAUGCAAUUUUUGGCAUCCCACUCUUUGGCUUUCUUCUGGCUGGUGUUGGUGAUCAACUAGGGACUAUUUUUGUGAAGAGCAUUGCUAAAGUGGAGAAAAUGUUCAGGCGCAAACACAAUCAAAUAAGCCAGACCAAGAUUCGAGUGGCCUCUACAUUGCUCUUCAUCUUGGCCGGCUGCAUUCUCUUCGUCACCAUACCAGCCAUCAUCUUCAAGCACAUUGAAGGAUGGACCGGGCUGGAGGCGAUUUAUUUCGUGGUCAUCACACUGACAACUGUUGGGAUCGGAGAUUAUGUUGCAGGAGGCAACAGAAGAAUAGAGUACCGUAAAUGGUACAGACCACUGGUGUGGUUCUGGAUCCUGGUUGGACUGGCUUACUUUGCUGCAGUUCUGAGCAUGAUUGGAGACUGGCUCAGGGUGCUUUCUAAGAAGACGAAAAUGGAGGUGGGUGAAAUUAAGGCUCACGCCGCCGAAUGGAAGGCCAAUGUCCGUGCAGAGCUCCGUGAGACCAGGCGCCGACUCAGCGUGGAAGUUCACGACAAACUGCAAAGGGCCGCCACCAUUCGCAGCAUGGAGCGCAGGCAGCUAGGUUUCGACCAGCGGGCCCAUUCCCUAGACAUGCUGUCCCCUGAACGUCGAGCUGCCUUCAACAGCCUGGACACCACCAAUUACAAAACAUCCUCCCAGGAGAGCAUCGACACAAAGCUCAACAACCUGCGUCUACGAGUUGAGCAGAAUGAGCAUCGGCGGAGCGACCCCAGCCAGGCGUACUCUGAAGAUAACCUUUUCAAUCGCCUUGGUUCAGUCACAAAACUAGCCAAACGGAACAGGAACAAAGAGUUGAGGAAAAACAUCCCAGACGACGGUCGGAAAGCCUUAGAUUCCUUCUCCUGUAAUACUCCUACAAUGGAUGAGGAGAAGAAAGAGGCCGAGGACGACGAGCUUGAGAAAGAGGUCAACACCAGUCUGACCGACUUACCUCUCUUUGUGGAGAGCCCUAAUAGACAAAACGGAUUCAUGCCUCUACCGCCACAGACCAAAGAGGAAGAAAACGAGACAAAACUUGAAGAAAAAGAGUUCCAUUUGCAGAUGGAGCCCUAGAAGGAACCGUGUAAGAAAAUAACAUAUGCCUAAAGUGCCUUGUUUAGCCCUUACCCUGAGCUGGGAUGUGAGAAUCUCAAUUUCUGCUGUUCAUUUAACUGUUCACUGUGUCCUGAUAACUUGAUAACAGAAAUAUGGCGACAGUAGCACUGGAAGACAGCUAGUUCUUUUCUUCAGACCGCUAAAAAAUGCUUGUAUAAGUUUGAAAGAAUCUCUCCCAACGUCCUGGACAAAAUUCGUAGCAAGCUACAAUGGCUGUUUGUUUCACUGCUUCACUUUCAGUGUUAUGUCUGCCAGACUGUACUUGUCAAGUACAUUUGUUAAGAAGCAUAACUGCUUAAAAACAAUGUCUGUCAAGAACCCCCACCCAUUCGAAAUGAAGAAACCUACAUUGAGACUUGAAUCCCCUAUGAUCAACGAUUAUAAAAUUCUUUGAAUAUGAAGAACCCAUGUUAAAUUGGUGACACGUCAUAUAUGCACGGAGCUCAACUGUCUUGUAAAACAAGUCAUUCGCAUCAAUAUGUGAUCCAGAUUCAUGAAGUUAACCUAUGAAAUCUCAGGGCUUGUAGUCCUAGUGUAACUGUCAAAUUGUACGGUAUGUCUGACAUACAAUUUUCUGUGCUCUCAUGAAAUAUCUAAAACUGUUGCUUCAAAGUACUGUUUUCAUAGUUUGAAAUUUUAGGACAAUGGGACAAAAGAGAAGCCAUAAGGUAGAAAGUCAUGGUAGAUGUCAUUUAAGCUAGAAUAUCUAGUAGAGUUUAAUCACAAACAACUGAACAUAUCCAUUUAUUUCAUUUAAAUGGACAGUUUACCCAAAAAAUGGGUUUUGUCUAUUUAUCUGAAGUCAGUAAGAUACAAAACGACACAUGUUGAUGCCAUUUUUGGGUGAACUGUCCGUUUAAGCCAGUCAAGUAAGCGAUUUCGGAGAAGUUGAAUCUAAUUUAAAAAAUAUCUUGUAGCCUAUCACCAGUAAGGGGUGUGUCCACUCAUGAUGGGGGAGGUGCCUGUUGCAUAGCAUGGCCAAGUUAACAAGAUAGUAUGUGAUCCUUUUGGGUAGAGGCCUGUGUUUUUGGUCAUUUCAAAUAUCAAGAGUUUCAGAAAUCAGAAAUCGCUUAUUGCACCUUUAUUUAAUUGACUGAUGGUGCUGAUUACACAAAAUAAUAGCAUAUUCACAAUGUUACGUUGAUUUGUGAAUGAUCAGGGUAAAAUCUUGACUCAUUUGAAGUCUACUAGACAUUCUGUAUGUGAAUGAAAGAAAUAUGGCAUACUUAUGUAAUAGCUUUAUGAGAGUAUAGGAUGCAGUUCCAUUUAGGAUUGACAUGGAAAUGUUAAUCUAUUUUUUUUUUUUUGCCAAAAAACCUUGCACUUUUUACAAGUUUCUGUGUUCAGUUUAUGAUUUUCAUAUCUUCUUUUCCAGAAUGUUUCUGGAAUAGACUUUUGAGACACCACUAAACAAUAUUGUGCUAAUCGCCUGGGAGCGUCUGACGUAUUUGUGUGUGUGUGUGUUUGUGUUGAAACCAAAUACAGCUUUGUCUGAUGUGAUUGUUGUCUUGCUGACUGUAUUUAUGAAAACUCCCUGAGGCAGACACAUGUAUCAGUACCUCAUUCCCACCAACUCGCAAACGCACACAUACAUACACUUACAGCUGCAGCAAAAUGCUUGUUGUUGAGCUAAUGUUAAUUACUCUUUUCAUGUUUGCAAUAGUCUAGAGCGAAUGCAGCAACGGACUGAAUAUUUCUGAUAAGGAAAAAAAAAACUAUGAAAAUGUAAAGCAUUUUAAAGCAUUCAAAACUAUUAAACACAUGGAUCCCUAAAGCAUGCUAUUGUGCUAAUAUGUUAUCAUGCUAUGGUAUUGAUUGUACCACAAACAUGCUUCUUGAGACUUUGAAAUGUCCAUGUUUUGAGCUCUACUUCGGGCUGCACAUGCAAGUAAAUUCCUGUUCGCAGUAUCUGCAGUAUCUUGUGCAACCAUUACAUUCAAUGUAGUGAGUGCCUUUUGGAAAUAAACACAGUUG